AUGUCAGAACCUCCAGGAAGCUACAACUCGUCUGGCGAUUACCACUCUCCUAUAUAUUCAAUCUAUACAGACAGUGAGGGCCAAUCUAGUGACCAAGCUCAAAAUGAAGAAGAGCAAGAUAUAGCUUCUGUGAUUCCCUCAAUAUUCUCAGAGGUUCUCCAGGCAAUAACCUCAAACCCAGGGUUAUACAAACCCCUCAAGCUCAACCAGCCUGCCCAGGAUACGUUAGAAGCUAUUGAAUCUGUCCAACCUGAUCCUCCGGAUGAUCAGAAGAUUGAAGAUGAGCCUAACCCUAAAGAUGAUGAGACAGAGAUAGGUUUGAAUAAGAUCGAAGGGUUUAUUAUCGAGUUUUUGACAAAACUUAACUAUGCUGCUGAUAAGGCACACUGGCCUGUGGGGUUCCAAAGGGGUGAACUGCAAAUAACCCUUCCGAUGAAAGAUAGUAGUCAUCACCCCGGACAAGAAAGAGGGCUCCAAUUCCCAAGAGGAGUGGAGCGAAAGACUUGUCGCUUUGCACGAUUCCUCCAGGUGUUGGACCUCUCACAUUUGGCCAUUUUAGAAAGGACGCCAAUCUUGAUCCGGGACGUUUAUUACCACAACAUGCCCCUCUUCCUCAAGCAAGUUUGUGUGGAGGAGGUAUGA